AUAGUCAUUAUUGAUUUGGUGACAGUAGGUGUCUGUACAUCAUUGUGAUCCUGAGCUGAAGAUAUUUGGAGGUGCUUUGCUGUGUGGUAGAUUUUUCAUUGGUUUAAGAUAAUAACUUUAUCAUUCUAUCCAGUUGUGCACUUACUGAAAACCCAAACAUCAAGAUUUUACAGCAAAAAGAGUUUUUGAUUUGAAAUCUGGUAACGUGCAGUCAGGUGAAUAUGACGAACCCACCAGCUCUCUUGAGACUGGCCUCACUGCUGCUGCUGCUGGUGUGUGGCACAGAUGCAAAGAUGCAGAUCAUAACCAGCAAGCCAGACGUCCUUGUGGGAGAAGAGACAUUAAUAUUGUGUAAAGCUGGAGGAGAGGGGGAUAUAACGUGGCAGAAGGACGGGGAAGACAUUGAGGAAGAAAAGGUGACAAAGAUUGAUGAGACCUCCUCUAAGCUGAUCAUUAAGAAUGCUACUAUACAGAACACAGGCAUGUACACUUGUGUGUGCGACUUCGACUCGGGACACAAUGACCAGGUCCAAGCACAGCUGUAUGUUUAUGAGGGUCCAUCAUUUGGAGGCACCACAAUCUACCAUGAGUUUCUGGAGGGUACAAACGGGCUGGUGCCGUGCCUGGCGACUGGCCAGCCAGCAGUGGACAUUCAGUGGCUUCGGGAACAACAAGAAAUCCCUUCUAAAGAGGGAGGACGUCUGCGUCGACUUCCUGAAAACACACUCCAUAUCGAAAAAGUGAGGAGAGAGGAUGCUGGGACAUACGUGUGUCGGGCGCAGAUCAGAGGACGACCCAUUUAUCAUCAGGUCUCUGUCUCUGUUGUUGUCAACGCUCCUCCUAAAGUGCAUCUGAGAGAGGAGAUCAAGAAAGUAAUGGCCGGAUCAGAAACCAACGUGUCUUUGCUUUGUCUGGUGGACGGUCACCCGAAACCCAAUAUCACCUGGACCAUGCCGGUGUCAUUAGACCAUUUUCGUCAUCAGUUCAACUCAGACCGUAGUCAGUUGACUAUACAGGCUGUAGCCAGAUCUGACUUAGGGGAGUACAUCUGCACGGCAGCCAACAAGAUAGGAGAGGACAGUGCAACCAUCAUCCUUCAUGUUUAUGAGGCCCCAGAGGUGUUUCUGUCAGCAGACCAGCAGAGCGUGUCAAUGGGCGAGCGUGUGUCUGUGUCCUGUAACGUCUCUGGACAUCCUCACCCCGAGCUACACUGGCUCAACAAGAACAAUGGACAGACACUGGACUCGACUUCUGGUCGUAUCCAUGUGGUGGACGGUGUGUUGCUAAUAGAGGACAUGAUGCCCUCUGAUGGUGGGAAGUAUUCUUGCAUGGCUGUCAGCGCCUCUGGAAAUGCAUCCAGAGAUGUCACAAUAUACACCCAGCCCGGUCCCCCUCACUACCUGUCGGUCUCGCCUGGCCCUACCUCAGUCCUCUUCUCCCUCAAGACCCUACCCAUCAGUGGAGGAAUGCCAAUCACAAGUUUUGCCCUGCAGUGGAAGCAGAGCUCAGCAAAAAAGUGGAACGAGGUCACAGUACCAGCUUCAGAUCCCCUAGCUAUCACCGCCCUCAAGCCUUAUACAUUGUACACAGUGCGUUUAGCUGCCUUGAAUGCAGCAGGACUAGGACAGUUCUCUGAUCCAAACAGCGUUCUCACCCAGGGAAUACGUGAACCCGACAGUCCAGUUUUGUCGCUCAAUGAGAAUAAGGUGAUGGGCAACACCUUGUCUACCCCUCUUAAGCAGAUAGACGAUGGCGGAGUGCCUCUGCUGCACUUCAUCGUUCGGUACAAACAGGAUAAAGAAGGGGCUGAGUGGACAGAGAUGAAGCUGCCGUCCAACACUGACACCAUCUCCCUUAAAGACCUGUCUUUUGGCUCAGACUACCAACUGGAGGUCACAGCGGUCAAUACUAAUGGUUCCUCUAUUCCUGCCACAAUGAACUUCACCAUCGCGGAAAAACCUUCGAGCAGUCGUACCAUAACCAAAGGCAGCGUGGUUGGCAUCGUCAUGGUGAUCUUCUUGCUGGUGUUUCUGGUGGUAGACGUCACCUGCUGCUACAGAAACCGCUGCGGCCUCCUCAUGACCAUCGCUGUGAAACUCUUUGGACAGAAAGUUCCAGGCCUCAAAAUGCUGCAGGAGGGGUCGGGGAGCACUAACGGAGACGUGAAGCUGAAAGGCAUGUCCACUCCGAGAGGCAGUAUGCAACAGGUGGGGAUUCAGACAAUCACCAAGGAGAGGGGGCAGCUCACAGAGGUCACCUGCGACAAAGCCCCCCUCACCAAAAACGAGAAAACCCAUCCAGAUAGAGACCAGUCCGCUGCUGACGCAUGAGGCGAGAAAGUGGUGAAACAAUGAACGUGUGAAAUAUUGUACAGCUUUAAACAACCUCUGACUCAGAACACUAAGUCAUCGCUACAUUGGAUACUACUGCCAUGGGAAAGGUCAAAUGUCCUCAUCACACACAGAAGAACACUGGUCUUUUACAAAACUCUGAGCGUCUCCCUUCAAAACGGCCAAGGGCAGGAGACGGUUCCAUUUUGAAUCAUAUUUGAGUUUUUCUGUCUGCUCUGAUUAGUUCAAGCUAAACUUAGAGGACGAAAACAGGUCUUGAGAUCUGGGAUUUAGAGGGUAAAUUAGUUGUUGCUAUUUAAUUUUCUUUGCUAAACAUUCUUAAAGUUUAUCUUCUGCAUUUUGAAUGUUGUAGACAGGCACACGGUCUUCUGUCAUAUUUACUCUUUCCAUAACCCAAAGUUAUUUGUGUAAAACCACUUUUUCAUAAUCCCAAAAAUGUUCUUGUUAAUGAAUCAUAUUUCUGAUGUUUUUAUUGUCAUUAACAUUGCAUUUGGCUGCUGCUUUUUUGGCUAUGUUAUAUAUUGUUUUAGAAAAUGUAUUCUCAUUUCCGACUGGUAUUAUUAAAACAUUUAAUGGACCCUUCGGCUUGAACUUAAACUAGCUUAGCCUUAAUGUAAUUAUCAUGCACUGAUAUUUAUUAUUUUAAAGCCAUGCAUGAGAGUUAUCACAACGAGUGAUUUUAAGUUUCUUUUGUAGAUAAAGUUUUACUGUUGAGCUCUUUUUGAAAAAUACUUGUUAUCAUGUUCAGCAGCUAACACUGACGACCUGUAAUCAAAACUGCCUUUACCUAUGAAAACACAAUUUAAAGUACCUGAAAUAAUAUGCAACAAAGUGGAUUCAUUUCUGAAGUUAUUAACUAUAUUUAUACUAUCAUAGUCUAUACCAUUAGUUACAGUAAGAAAACAUAACAAUAAAUGAAAAUGUUUCAUGUAAAAUAUUUUAUUCAGCUUGAGCUUUUUUUGCCUGUUUGCAAAUGACCUGAACUAAUCAACAAAGAGUUUCUUAUUCUUAUUGUAUUGUGUUGAACAUUGCACAUGUUUGUAUAUAAAUCUUUGUAUUUGAUA